GUGGCCUGCAUGUUCCUCUCCAGUCCCUACGUGUUGUCGUUAUUCUCUCCCCAAGGCCUCCAUUGCGACCUCCCCCCAGCUCGGAUCACUACCGUUGGCCCGACAACUACUACGACUAGUACUUAUACUCGAUACUGUUGUUCUUCUUAUAACCUUCCUCCUCUCAUCACGCUGUUCUUGAUCUUAUUAUAGCCCCAGACACACACGCACACCUGCAUCGGCACCAUUAGUUCCAUUGUCGCAGAUCGAUCUUUCGUCUGUCCUUUGAGUUGCUUGCAGUUCCCACUGGAAUCGCAACUUGAAGGCUCUCCGUCUCUCUAUUCUUCUCUCUUCAUUAAUUGCGUUGCACUUCUUAGCAUUUGGAUUGGCCAUGGAGUCUCUAAGUUUGUUCUUCUUGUUUCUCUACCUCUUUGUGUCAGUGCACUGCAGUGCGUGUGAGCUCAAUUCCACCAAGCCGCACCUGCACAAAUGGUUCGAGCCCACCAGCCAGCACACCAUCGUGGUGGACGCCAAUGGCUCCGGCGACUUCUUGUCUGUCCAAGAGGCCGUCGACUCCGUCCCGGAGAACAACACCAAGCGUGUCAUCAUUCACAUCCAUGCUGGUUGCUACAUAGAGAAGGUAGUGGUGCCGGCGACGAAGCCGUACGUGACGUUCCAAGGGGCCGGCAGAAACGUUACGGUGAUCGAGUGGCACGACCGGGCCAGCGAUCGAGGACCCAACGGGCAACAACUACGGACUUAUAAUACGGCUUCUGUGACUGUUUUUGCUAACCAUUUCAGUGCUAAGAACAUUAGCUUCAAGAACACGGCUCCAGCACCGAUGCCGGGCAUGGAAGGAUGGCAAGCUGCAGCAUUCCGCAUCUCAGGCGACAAGGCGUACUUCUUCGGCUGCGGCUUCUACGGCGCGCAGGACACCCUCUGCGACGACGCGGGGCGACACUACUUCAAGGAUUGCUACAUCGAGGGAUCCAUCGACUUCAUCUUCGGCAAUGGCAGAUCCAUGUACAAGGAUUGCCAACUCCACUCGAUCGCAAACCGGUUUGGAUCCGUCGCAGCUCAGGACAGGAACAGCCCGUGCGAAAGAACUGGAUUCGCCUUCGUGAACUGCCGAGUGACAGGCUCAGGCAAGCUCUACGUGGGGCGAGCCAUGGGGCAGUACUCGAGGAUCGUCUUCGCUUACACCUACUUCGACGAUGUGGUCGCGCCGGGCGGGUGGGACGACUGGAAUCACAACAGCAACAAGAACAAGACGGCGUUCUUCGGCGUCUAUAGAUGCUACGGUCCCGGUGCAGCAGCAGUGCGUGGUGUUUCGUGGGCUCGAGAGCUCGAUUUCGAGACGGCACGGCCGUUCCUCGUCAAAAGUUUCGUGAACGGAAGACAUUGGCUCGGCCCUUCCGACCCCUGAGCUGAAACAGACAAACUCUUCAAACAAUGGCUCACACACACUCUUCAAACAAUAGCUCACACAUUUGUAAUCUCCAUACAGCAAAACAUAGAAGUUGAUGCCAUCAUACCAGCAAAUUAUUUCAUUAUUUCUUCUGAUCAUUCCAUCAUUCAUAUUUGUCUUCGAACCACGCAAUAAGUGGCAAGCAUGUAUUUCUUGGAAUAAUAUAGUGAGAGUUUGAUGUUUA